UCUGUGGAGAAGGGUUGGUCUGUUGAUGGUAUAAAAUCGCAUUUUACGUGUUGGAAGUAAAUAUCAAUGAUGGAAAAAGAUUACGCGCCGUUGACUAUAACUACCGUACGGUCAUUGAACGAUAAACUAUAUGAAAAACGGAAAGGCGCAGCGUUGGAGAUUGAGAGGCAAGUGCGGGAUUUCAAUAUUGCCGGGAACGCGAGUCAAGUAAAGAAACUGUUGAAAGUUCUCGGGCAGGAUUUUGCACUGAGCUCGAAUCCCCACAGUCGCAAGGGUGGUCUGAUUGGACUAGCUGCCACUGCCAUCGCUCUUGGCAAGGAUACGACGGCCUACGUGUCCGAGCUCGUACGACCGGUCCUCGCUUGUUUCAACGACGCCGACAGCAGAGUGCGCUACUAUGCAUGCGAAGCGCUGUACAACGUAGUCAAGGUGGCGAGGGGUUCCAUACUUCCUUAUUUCAACGACAUUUUCGAUGGACUGAGCAAGCUUGCAGCUGAUCCUGAUCAGAAUGUGAAGAAUGGUUCUGAACUCCUUGACAGACUUAUGAAGGACAUCGUCACGGAGAGCGCGUCGUUCGAUCUCGUCGCCUUCAUCCCGCUGCUGAGGGAGAGGAUCUACACGCGAAACCCGUUCGCCAGACAGUUCCUCGUCUCCUGGGUGACCGUACUGGAUGCCGUGCCGGACAUCAACAUGCUUGUCUAUCUGCCAGAGAUACUGGACGGCCUGUUCCACAUCCUCGGUGAUCCAAACCAGGAGAUUAAGAAGAUGUGUGAAGCGUUACUCGGGGAAUUUCUAAAGAGCAUCAUAAAGUCACCGGACAAGGUCAACUUCCCAGCCAUGGUGAACAUUCUCAUCACCCACUGCCAGUCUUCAGAGGAUCUCAUCCAGAUGACGGCCAUCUUGUGGCUGAGCGAGUUUGCGCAUCUGGCGGGUCGCGACAUGCUGCCGUUCGCGUCGGGCCUGCUCACCGCCGUGCUUCCCUGCCUCGCGUACGACGACGAUCGCAAGAACCUCCUGUUCGACGACGACAACAAGAAAAGCAUCAUAGAGACUGCAAAGGCCGUUAACAACACUCUGAUGAGGUUGAUCACUCCUGAAGACGACGCAGACGAUAUGCCAGACAAAACGCCAGCAGACGACCAAGGGGAAGUCGCCGAAAGGAAGGCGAUAAGGUUAGAUCUGCCGUCGGUCGUCGAGGUUCUUAGCAAACACCUGCUUCACAACUCGACGCAAACCCGCCUGUCUGUCCUACGCUGGGUCUACCAUCUGCACAUACAGAUACCUAACAAGGUGAGAGUAUGUCUGUCCUACGCUGGGUCUACCAUCUGCACAUACAGAUACCUAACAAGGCAGCUGUGCAUCCUGCUGAACGCCGAGGACAUAUACCGGACGCUGGCGGAGAUUGUGAUGAAGGAGCCGGACCUCCGCUUCGCCAGUCACAUGGUGCAGACCCUCAACUCCAUCCUCCUCACCUCUAAGGAGCUGUUCGAACUCCGCAACGGCCUGAAGAAUCUGAAGACGGAGAGCUGCUGCAGUCUGUUCGUCUGCCUCUACCAGUCGUGGUGUCACAACCCCGUUGCCACGGUAUCUCUCUGCUUCCUCACACAGAACUACAGACACGCCUCCGAUCUGCUGAAGACAUUUGGUGAGCUUGAGGUGACGGUGGAUUUUCUCACCGAAAUAGACAAGUUGGUGCAGCUGUUGGAAUCUCCGAUUUUCACAUAUCUGCGCCUGCAGUUGCUAGAUCUGCAGCAUAAUCAGCAUCUCACCAAGAGUCUGUACAGCCUGCUGAUGCUGCUGCCGCAGAGCGACGCAUUCCGCACUCUGCUGCAUCGUCUACAGUGCGUGCCCAGCGUGCAGGCAGCCGACAACGCCACCGACAGGCUGUACCCAUCGCUGAAAACCAACGACGAGAGACUACCGAAGGAGAAGUUCAUCAAUUUCGGCGAGCUGCUUGAACAUUUCAACGCGACGCAACGCAAGCACGCGGCGGACGGGCGACAGAAGCAGGCGGGCGCGACGGUGCAGGCGUUGCAGUGAGAGCGUUUGAUUGGUCGGCGCGCGGUGACGUCGGCUGCCGCCCCGCCUCCUCCGCCACGCCUCCGCUGACGCUCCGUCUCUAACCCCGGCUGUGCGACGAGGGAGGGAUGCAGUUUCCCGAAUCGCUUUUGCCGGUCGCUUCGAAACCGGGACGAUGAUGAUGCUGCGGUGAAAAACUAACAGGUGAGAUCGUGAUCAUGGUGAGUGAUCGAUGACGGCGUCGAUUGCCGUACGAUUCGCAACGCGUGAGGUUGGGCUGCCGCUGACCGAAGAGGUUUGGCCGAGGGGAGUUAAUUAAUAGUUCCCUAUCGGUGAUGCGAUCUAGUUGUGAUUGGGUGAUGAGUUUUGUGGGCGCAGUCGCACAUUGUGCCACUCGGUACAGCCGAGGGAGCGAGGGAGCUAGGCGAAUUUAUCGGCGGUUUGCAGAAACAAUCGCUGCGUGGAGCGUAAUUUGCGACGAAAACUCUAGAUUUGCUUGACAGAUGGCGCCACCUGACGUAGCAGGCGAAAGUAUCUUUUUUUUAGGUAAUUGUACCUAUUAGGUCUUUCAAGAAUUUUUAGAGAGUGAUUCCUGUUUGACAGUGUUGGCAGUGUUGUAGGCGGAAGAGACGGCGGGUGGCAGGCGCUACAGUUUUACCGAUUCGCGGCAGUUCUCGUGGGUGAACGAGAUGUGAGCGUGGACUUUAGCCAAACCAAACACAAUCAAGUCUGUCCUUAUCAGCUAUAGGUGUCGAUUGAGAAUUGAUUUGAAUGAUUGUUGUCUUUUGUUAUACUGUUCUCGCUGAAUGUAUGUAAGAUAUAUCAUGUAUAUAUUGGGUUAUGCAUUGAGGUCUAGCAAUAAUUCAAUAUUGAGCAACUAGUUGAAAUUCGGCAACCAUUAUAAUGUUUCGACCCAUCGAUAAGUGAAUGGCUAUAGUACAUCAGGUAUAUAUUUGCAAUAGUUUCAUCCUUCUCUUCGUUCUCUCUUUUUCCCUCUUUCUCUCUCUAUCUCUCUCUCUCUCUCUCUC